AUGCAUAUAAUGUAUCAUUGGUUAGCAGUAUUAUGAGUUAUAAGGAGACAGAUCAAGUAGAAGUUAGUGAAAUAAAUUCAUUAGAUGCAGAAGUUAAUAGUUCUACAUUAUUAUUAAUCAAAGAGAUUAUUAAUUUGGAAGUUAAAAAUUUAGAAUCUUCUACUGGGAAAAUGACUCCAAUGGUUUCUUCUGCUGAUUUCGAUUAUGAUCCACAAGAAGUGUUGAAUAAUUUUUUAGAACGUGAAA